AUGGCCGACCGGCUUUCCCCUCCGCCACGUGCCGCGCAAUCUAAGCCGGCCCGCGCGCGUCGCAGCGGCUCGUGGCACGCGUUCCUCUCGCUCUCUGAGACGUCUCAAAAGUCGUUCCUCUCGCCCAAUGGCGCAGACGGUCAAGCCUCACCCGCGGUCGCCGCGGCUGCCAUCCCUGCUGCAAUUCCCGCCGCAAUUCCCGCCACCGCGACCGCCGCGCCCGUCGCCGGUUCGUCGCAAGCAGAAAGCGCGGACGGCGGCGCAAGACCCGCCGCAGAGCGCGGUCGCGAGGCCUCCCCGUUGCUUCCGCCCUCUCUCAGCGAUAGAGCCCAGUCCCCGCAUCCGCUUACCUCCAGAUCUCCGCUUAGAAACGCCGCCGCCAACGCUCGCGCGUGGUGCGCGCGACGGUACCGCGGAAUCCUUCCGCCUGCGGGGGAAACCGCGACAACGCCGCGGAACGCAUUAGCCCGCGUGGCAGGGGCGGGGGGGAUCACAGGGGCAGGCGGAGCUGCGCCCUCGAGCGGCGGGGAGGGUAGCGCCGGCGGAAGCGACGACCGCCUCGCUGGGGCAAGGGGGAACUGGAGCAGGCAGGGGGCCAAUGCGGCGUCCGUUGGACUCGCGAAAAAAUCCGACUCGAGUCAACCAAGUCAACCAGGUCAAACGGGUUAUCCUGUUCAACGGGGUCAACCGAGUCAACGAGUCCAGGUCUCCCCGCGCCCGUCCGCGUGCCCGUCGGAGCGGUCGAGUGCGUGGGGGCCAGGCGGAAGCAGCAGCACGAGUGAUUAUAGCGAGGGGACUGACGACGAGGAUGCGAUGUGGGAGGAUAGCGACUGGAUGUCCGCGGAGGAAGGGGAAGGGAGAGAAAACGGCGGUAAGUGGUGGUCCUUCAAGGGAUGGGCGACGAAAAGACGCGGAGAUGCGAAUUUUGAGGGUAAUUACCCCUCCUGGGCUGGUUGGGGCGGGAGAAGUUCUUGGGGAAGCCGAGGACGGGCAGGGGGAGGGGUGAGGGGGGAGGCUGGCGGCGCGGAGAUCCCAAGGGGGGAAGUUGAGGUGAUGAACUUCCAGGCGGCGCGGCUGGCGGAGGUGCAGCAGGAGUGCGACAAGUGGACGACGCUGCUGGAGAGCCACUUCCGUCAAUCCGCUGAUCAGGUGCGGCUAUUGGGAGCGGUCGUCUCAACCUUCUACUUCCAAAAGCCAAACGCCACUCUCGAUCAGCCCACCUUCUCGUCCCUCGUGAAUGCGACGGACUACGCCCGCCCGCUGCUGUUUGCCGCCUCCUUUUCCCGGCGGGUGACUCAGGCUGAGCGGCCGGCGUUUGAGAAACAGCAGCAGCAGCAGCUGGGGGACCCUGGGUAUUGCAUCAGGCACGGCAGCAUGUGUGCGGGCAGCCAGGCCGAGCACGCCCCCAUCGUGCUCACCAGCGCAUCGGCCUCCAUGAUUGGCCAGGGCCUCCUGGCCCCCUCCUCCCAUCCUGACCACCCGUUGACCGGCGUUGACUCGGUUGACCUGCCUGAAGACCAGCUGGCGUUGCAGGAGUUUCUGGCGUGGGGUGAGUGUGGGGUGGGUGUGGAUGAGUGGGGAGUGAGUGCUAUGAGUAUGAAUCAUCAUGUGUUCUUCCUCCCCUAUCAUGUCUUUCCUCUCUCCCCCUUUCUCUUCUUCCCUUCUUUUCUCCAUUCUCUCUCCACACCCCUCCCCCACUUCCCUCCGCUGUUCCUUCCCUCCAUUACCCCCCCAUUCCCUCCUCCUAUCCCUCCCCCAUUCUCCCCACUCCCCCAACCAACCCCUUCCCCCCGUCCAGCCAACCGCCCAGCAACAAUAGAGGCGGUGACGCGAGCGCGGGACUAUGGAGUAAUGGGGGCACUCACGCCCCCGUUCCCCCUCAACCUCUCUCUCUCCACUAAGAGGCCCAUUUCGCGCGGCCUCUUUAUAGUCUUCCCCGUUUACCGCACGCCCGACCCGCUGCCGGACGGUUUGUCUUCUAGCGAGUACCAGGCGGCGUGCCUCGGCUACAUGACGGCGAUCAUUGACUUUGAGCCGAUGUGGGAUGCGAUGCUGGAGGCGCCUCAAAACACGGGUGUGCCUUUUGAGGCGCCUCAAAACACGGGUGUGCCUUUUGAGGCGCCUCAAAACACGGGUGUGCCUUUUGAGGCGCCUCAAAACACGGGUGUGCCUUUUGAGGCGCCUCAAAACACGGGCGUGCCUUUUGAGGCGCCUCAAAACAUGGGCGUGCCUUUUGAGGCGCCUCAAAACACGGGCGUGCCUUUUGAGGCGCCUCAAAACACGGGUGUGCCUUUUGAGGCGCCUCAAAACACGGGCGUGCCUUUUGAGGCGCCUCAAAACACGGGUGUGCCUUUUGAGGCGCCUCAAAACACGGGUGUGCCUUUUGAGGCGCCUCAAAACACGGGUGUGCCUUUUGAGGCGCCUCAAAACACGGGUGUGCCUUUUGAGGCGCCUCAAAACACGGGUGUGCCUUUUGAGGCGCCUCAAAACACGGGCGUGCCUUUUGAGGCGCCUCAAAACACGGGUGUGCCUUUUGAGGCGCCUCAAAACACGGGUGUGCCUUUUGAGGCGCCUCAAAACACGGGUGUGCCUUUUGAGGCGCCUCAAAACACGGGUGUGCCUUUUGAGGCGCCUCAAAACACGGGUGUGCCUUUUGAGGCGCCUCAAAACACGGGCGUGCCUUUUGAGGCGCCUCAAAACACGGGCGUGCCUUUUGAGGCGCCUCAAAACACGGGUGUGCCUUUUGAGGCGCCUCAAAACACGGGUGUGCCUUUUGAGGCGCCUCAAAACACGGGUGUGCCUUUUGAGGCGCCUCAAAACACGGGUGUGCCUUUUGAGGCGCCUCAAAACACGGGCGUGCCUUUUGAGGCGCCUCAAAACACGGGCGUGCCUUUUGAGGCGCCUCAAAACACGGGUGUGCCUUUUGAGGCGCCUCAAAACACGGGCGUGCCUUUUGAGGCGCCUCAAAACACGGGCGUGCCUUUUGAGGCGCCUCAAAACACGGGCGUGCCUUUUGAGGCGCCUCAAAACACGGGCGUGCCUUUUGAGGCGCCUCAAAACACGGGCGUGCCUUUUGAGGCGCCUCAAAACACGGGCGUGCCUUUUGAGGCGCCUCAAAACACGGGCGUGCCUUUUGAGGCGCCUCAAAACACGGGCGUGCCUUUUGAGGCGCCUCAAAACACGGGCGUGCCUUUUGAGGCGCCUCAAAACACGGGCGUGCCUUUUGAGGCGCCUCAAAACAUGGGCGUGCCUUUUGAGGCGCCUCAAAACACGGGCGUGCCUUUUGAGGCGCCUCAAAACACGGGUGUGCCUUUUGAGGCGCCUCAAAACACGGGCGUGCCUUUUGAGGCGCCUCAAAACACGGGUGUGCCUUUUGAGGCGCCUCAAAACGCGGGUGUGCCUUUUGAGGCGCCUCAAAACACGGGUGUGCCUUUUGAGGCGCCUCAAAACACGGGUGUGCCUUUUGAGGCGCCUCAAAACACGGGUGUGCCUUUUGAGGCGCCUCAAAACACGGGUGUGCCUUUUGAGGCGCCUCAAAACACGGGUGUGCCUUUUGAGGCGCCUCAAAACACGGGUGUGCCUUUUGAGGCGCCUCAAAACACGGGUGUGCCUUUUGAGGCGCCUCAAAACACGGGUGUGCCUUUUGAGGCGCCUCAAAACACGGGCGUGCCUUUUGAGGCGCCUCAAAACAUGGGCGUGCCUUUUGAGGCGCCUCAAAACACGGGCGUGCCUUUUGAGGCGCCUCAAAACACGGGUGUGCCUUUUGAGGCGCCUCAAAACACGGGCGUGCCUUUUGAGGCGCCUCAAAACACGGGUGCGCCUCAAAACACGGGUGUGCCUUUUGAGGCGCCUCAAAACACGGGUGUGCCUUUUGAGGCGCCUCAAAACACGGGCGUGCCUUUUGAGGCGCCUCAAAACACGGGUGUGCCUUUUGAGGCGCCUCAAAACACGGGUGUGCCUUUUGAGGCGCCUCAAAACACGGGUGUGCCUUUUGAGGCGCCUCAAAACACGGGUGUGCCUUUUGAGGCGCCUCAAAACACGGGUGUGCCUUUUGAGGCGCCUCAAAACACGGGCGUGCCUUUUGAGGCGCCUCAAAACACGGGCGUGCCUUUUGAGGCGCCUCAAAACACGGGUGUGCCUUUUGAGGCGCCUCAAAACACGGGUGUGCCUUUUGAGGCGCCUCAAAACACGGGUGUGCCUUUUGAGGCGCCUCAAAACACGGGUGUGCCUUUUGAGGCGCCUCAAAACACGGGCGUGCCUUUUGAGGCGCCUCAAAACACGGGCGUGCCUUUUGAGGCGCCUCAAAACACGGGUGUGCCUUUUGAGGCGCCUCAAAACACGGGCGUGCCUUUUGAGGCGCCUCAAAACACGGGCGUGCCUUUUGAGGCGCCUCAAAACACGGGCGUGCCUUUUGAGGCGCCUCAAAACACGGGCGUGCCUUUGAGGCGCCUCAAAACACGGGCGUGCCUUUUGAGGCGCCUCAAAACACGGGCGUGCCUUUUGAGGCGCCUCAAAACACGGGCGUGCCUUUUGAGGCGCCUCAAAACACGGGCGUGCCUUUUGAGGCGCCUCAAAAACACGGGCGUGCCUUUUGAGGCGCCUCAAAACACGGGCGUGCCUUUUGAGGCGCCUCAAAACAUGGGCGUGCCUUUUGAGGCGCCUCAAAACACGGGCGUGCCUUUUGAGGCGCCUCAAAACACGGGUGUGCCUUUUGAGGCGCCUCAAAACACGGGCGUGCCUUUUGAGGCGCCUCAAAACACGGGUGUGCCUUUUGAGGCGCCUCAAAACGCGGGUGUGCCUUUUGAGGCGCCUCAAAACACGGGUGUGCCUUUUGAGGCGCCUCAAAACACGGGUGUGCCUUUUGAGGCGCCUCAAAACACGGGUGUGCCUUUUGAGGCGCCUCAAAACACGGGUGUGCCUUUUGAGGCGCCUCAAAACACGGGUGUGCCUUUUGAGGCGCCUCAAAACACGGGCGUGCCUUUUGAGGCGCCUCAAAACAUGGGCGUGCCUUUUGAGGCGCCUCAAAACACGGGCGUGCCUUUUGAGGCGCCUCAAAACACGGGUGUGCCUUUUGAGGCGCCUCAAAACACGGGCGUGCCUUUUGAGGCGCCUCAAAACACGGGUGUGCCUUUUGAGGCGCCUCAAAACACGGGUGUGCCUUUUGAGGCGCCUCAAAACACGGGUGUGCCUUUUGAGGCGCCUCAAAACACGGGCGUGCCUUUUGAGGCGCCUCAAAACACGGGCGUGCCUUUUGAGGCGCCUCAAAACACGGGUGUGCCUUUUGAGGCGCCUCAAAACACGGGUGUGCCUUUUGAGGCGCCUCAAAACACGGGCGUGCCUUUUGAGGCGCCUCAAAACACGGGUGUGCCUUUUGAGGCGCCUCAAAACACGGGUGUGCCUUUUGAGGCGCCUCAAAACACGGGUGUGCCUUUUGAGGCGCGUCAAAACACGGGUGUGCCUUUUGAGGCGCCUCAAAACACGGGUGUGCCUUUUGAGGCGCCUCAAAACACGGGUGUGCCUUUUGAGGCGCCUCAAAACACGGGUGUGCCUUUUGAGGCGCCUCAAAACACGGGUGUGCCUUUUGAGGCGCCUCAAAACACGGGUGUGCCUUUUGAGGCGCCUCAAAACACGGGUGUGCCUUUUGAGGCGCCUCAAAACACGGGUGUGCCUUUUGAGGCGCCUCAAAACACGGGCGUGCCUUUUGAGGCGCCUCAAAACAUGGGCGUGCCUUUUGAGGCGCCUCAAAACACGGGCGUGCCUUUUGAGGCGCCUCAAAACACGGGUGUGCCUUUUGAGGCGCCUCAAAACACGGGCGUGCCUUUUGAGGCGCCUCAAAACACGGGUGUGCCUUUUGAGGCGCCUCAAAACACGGGUGUGCCUUUUGAGGCGCCUCAAAACACGGGCGUGCCUUUUGAGGCGCCUCAAAACACGGGUGUGCCUUUUGAGGCGCCUCAAAACACGGGUGUGCCUUUUGAGGCGCCUCAAAACACGGGCGUGCCUUUUGAGGCGCCUCAAAACACGGGUGUGCCUUUUGAGGCGCCUCAAAACACGGGUGUGCCUUUUGAGGCGCCUCAAAACACGGGUGUGCCUUUUGAGGCGCCUCAAAACACGGGUGUGCCUUUUGAGGCGCCUCAAAACACGGGUGUGCCUUUUGAGGCGCCUCAAAACACGGGCGUGCCUUUUGAGGCGCCUCAAAACACGGGCGUGCCUUUUGAGGCGCCUCAAAACACGGGUGUGCCUUUUGAGGCGCCUCAAAACACGGGUGUGCCUUUUGAGGCGCCUCAAAACACGGGUGUGCCUUUUGAGGCGCCUCAAAACACGGGUGUGCCUUUUGAGGCGCCUCAAAACACGGGCGUGCCUUUUGAGGCGCCUCAAAACACGGGCGUGCCUUUUGAGGCGCCUCAAAACACGGGUGUGCCUUUUGAGGCGCCUCAAAACACGGGCGUGCCUUUUGAGGCGCCUCAAAACACGGGCGUGCCUUUUGAGGCGCCUCAAAACACGGGCGUGCCUUUUGAGGCGCCUCAAAACACGGGCGUGCCUUUUGAGGCGCCUCAAAACACGGGCGUGCCUUUUGAGGCGCCUCAAAACACGGGCGUGCCUUUUGAGGCGCCUCAAAACACGGGCGUGCCUUUUGAGGCGCCUCAAAACACGGGCGUGCCUUUUGAGGCGCCUCAAAACACGGGCGUGCCUUUUGAGGCGCCUCAAAACACGGGCGUGCCUUUUGAGGCGCCUCAAAACAUGGGCGUGCCUUUUGAGGCGCCUCAAAACACGGGCGUGCCUUUUGAGGCGCCUCAAAACACGGGCGUGCCUUUUGAGGCGCCUCAAAACACGGGCGUGCCUUUUGAGGCGCCUCAAAACACGGGCGUGCCUUUUGAGGCGCCUCAAAACACGGGUGUGCCUUUUGAGGCGCCUCAAAACGCGGGUGUGCCUUUUGAGGCGCCUCAAAACACGGGUGUGCCUUUUGAGGCGCCUCAAAACACGGGUGUGCCUUUUGAGGCGCCUCAAAACACGGGUGUGCCUUUUGAGGCGCCUCAAAACACGGGUGUGCCUUUUGAGGCGCCUCAAAACACGGGCGUGCCUUUUGAGGCGCCUCAAAACACGGGCGUGCCUUUUGAGGCGCCUCAAAACAUGGGCGUGCCUUUUGAGGCGCCUCAAAACACGGGCGUGCCUUUUGAGGCGCCUCAAAACACGGGCGUGCCUUUUGAGGCGCCUCAAAACACGGGCGUGCCUUUUGAGGCGCCUCAAAACACGGGUGUGCCUUUUGAGGCGCCUCAAAACACGGGUGUGCCUUUUGAGGCGCCUCAAAACACGGGUGUGCCUUUUGAGGCGCCUCAAAACACGGGCGUGCCUUUUGAGGCGCCUCAAAACACGGGCGUGCCUUUUGAGGCGCCUCAAAACACGGGUGUGCCUUUUGAGGCGCCUCAAAACACGGGCGUGCCUUUUGAGGCGCCUCAAAACACGGGCGUGCCUUUUGAGGCGCCUCAAAACACGGGUGUGCCUUUUGAGGCGCCUCAAAACACGGGUGUGCCUUUUGAGGCGCGUCAAAACACGGGUGUGCCUUUUGAGGCGCCUCAAAACACGGGUGUGCCUUUUGAGGCGCCUCAAAACACGGGUGUGCCUUUUGAGGCGCCUCAAAACACGGGUGUGCCUUUUGAGGGUGCUUACAGCUGGGAAGUGGAGAAUCAUGGGAUGGGAUGCAGGCUGUUUGCCUUGCCUCGGCUACAUGGCAAGAUUCUUGAGAGUUCUCAAAUGCGACUCAAUCUGGAUGGACUUUUGGGUCAACAGUCGACUACAGGAACCCUCCCACCUCACUCUCCCCACACCCUCCCACCUCACUCUCCCCACACCCUCCCACGCUUGCUUGCUCUUUCCCCAACCACCCACACCCCAGGAAUGCCAGGGCUUGGCCCUGCCCAUGAAUACCAUGGCUUGGCCCUGCCCAUGUUUGCACGAAUUUACGACGUCACUGGGAGCAGCGGGGAGAAGGGGAAGCGUGCGGGGGAGAUUAUUUACGAGCCUAGAGGACGAGAGUUGCCGCCCGGACAGGAGGACUCGUAUGCGCAUGUGAACGUGGUGAAUCUGGGGGACAAGUACCGCGAGUACGAGAUGCGGUGCAGGUACAACACAACGUACAACACAACCUAUGAGUUCCCAGCCGCAAGUGCAGGGUGGGCUAUACUCGUUAUAGUGGUGAUGGGCCUCGCUGCAUAUGUGUACUGGGCGGCGUGUGAGCGCGUGCAGCAGUUGGAGAGGGAUUACCAGCGGUUGGAAGCGGUGAAGAACCGCAUGAAAGCGGCCAAGAGGGUUGCGGAGCGGGCGAGUAAGGCCAAGGGCUUGUUCCUUACCACGAUGAGCCACGAGCUACGCACGCCACUGAAUGGUGUCAUAGGCAUGCUGAACCUGCUUCUGGAAACACCCCUCACGGUGACCCAACUAGACUAUGUGGAGACGGCUCGCACCAGCGGGAGGGCGCUGCUGGAACUCAUCACUGACAUCCUCGACCUCUCCAAGAUUGAAGCGCAGAAGAUGCAGUUGGAGCACAUACCCAUGGACGCGCAGAAGAUGCAGUUGGAACACAUACCCAUGGACGUGCGCGGAGAGGUGGACACGGUGCUCACCAUGUUCAUCGAGCGCUUCCGAGACAAGCCGCUGCUGCAGGUGGCGGCCUAUGUUGACCCGCUCGUGCCGGCAUCUGUCCUCGGGGAUUCCCUGCGCUUCCGCCAGGUGCUGAUCAAUCUGCUGUCCAACGCGUGCAAGUACACCGAACGUGGACACAUCUUCAUCGCCAUCCGCACGGCCGACAUUCACGAGGACCUUCGGCGAGACGCUACCCGAUCGCAGUCGAAGCGAGGGAUUGCCCAGCAGCAGCAGCAGCAGCAGCAGCAGCAGCAAGAACAAGAGCAUCAAGAGACGGGGACAGGGCAUCUGCAACAACAACGGCAGUGGCAACAAGAACAGGAUAAACAGCAGCAGGAGCAGGAUAAGCAGCUGGCACUGGCAGCGCCGUCCUCUUGUGAAGAUGCCUCCACAACAGUUACCAGCCUGAUAGCGUCGCACAGCACGCACCCCUCGUCUGGCUCUGGGCUGCCGAAUCUCGGCAUAUCUGGGGAGUUUGUCGGGCAGCAAGCAGCGGCGGUCGCAACAAGCCACGGGGGGGCGUCACAAGGACAGGCAUGGGGGUUUGCCUUUGCUUCAAGAGGUGCUAGCAGGACGUGGAGAAACGGAGUCCCCUGGCUGCGCACACUCUUUCCUGGUUCAGCUUCAAGCAGCGCCGCUAUUGGCAGUGGCCGUGAUGGCAAUGGUGGAAAAGAGAGCGGUGCACAUGGUAGUAGUGCAAGUGGCGGUGCUGCUCAAGUGGAGGAGGGAGAUAUCGAGGCAGCCCGGGGGGGUGGGGGUGAGGCAGCCGGUGCAUGUAACCCCGGGACCCGCGCUGCUGCCGCCGCUGCUGCAGUGGAAGGUGGUGGUGAUGCCGCUAGCAGUGCUUGGCGGAGCAGCGUGAGCGCUGCGUGCGGGCUGCCCCUGGGUGCAUGCGCGGGCGAGCAGCGGCUGCUGGCGUAUCAACAGCUAGAAGACGGGCAGGGAGAGCUGGAAUACGAGCAGGUGGGGGCCGAAGACGCACUGGUUGAGGCACGGGGGUUGGCAAGGGAGAGAAGGUUGGCGGGGGAGGGGACGCAAGGCGAGGAGCACGAGCUGUUGCAGGUGGUGGUGCAUUGUAUGAGACCUCCAGUUUCAGACACCAGCCUUGCUGCUGUUGCUGCUGCUGGUGAUGUUCGCACAAGCAGUGAAAAGCAGCAGCAGCAGCAAGUGCAGCAAGUGCAGCAAGUGCAGCAAGUGCAGCAAGUGCAGCAGGUGCAGCAGGUGCAGCAAGUGCAGCAAGUGCAGCAAGUGCAGCAAGUGCAGCAAGUGCAGCAGGUGCAGCAGGUGCAGCAAGUGCAGCAAGUGCAGCAGCAGCAGGUGCACGUGACGCUGAGUGGGCGGGCGGCAGUGAGGAGCUGCAACAGCUGGCACGUGCUGGCGGCUAGGCGGGCCGCGUGGCUGCAGCAGGGGCAGCAGGAAGCAGUGCUGCGAGGGGGAGAGGGGUGCGGGAGGGUCAAGCGGGGUGAGGAGGGAGAUGGGGAUGAGGGGGGAGAUGGGGAGGGAGCCAAGGAAGGGUGCGUGGAGGUGGGCUGCGAGUGGGAGAGGCAGCAAUUAGUGACAGGAGGAGCAGCAGGAGGAAGUGGGGCAGCAGUGGGAGUGGCAGCAGACGACAGGCCUCAAACCGUUCGAUUGGUGGUUUCUGUUGAGGACACCAUCUUUAAGCCCUUCACGCACGCAGACGCUAGCACGCGCAUGAUAACUCUUCCCACUCUCUCCCCCUGUCCUCCCCUGCUUUCCCCCUGUCCUCCCCUGCUUUCCCCCUGUCCUCCCCUGCUUUCCCCCUGUCCUCCCCUGCUUUCCCCCUGUCCUCCCCUGCUUUCCCCCUGUCCUCCCCUGCUUUCCCCCUGUCCUCCCCUGCUUUCCCCCUGUCCUCCCCUGCUUUCCCCCUGUCCUCCCCUGCUUUCCCCCUGUCCUCCCCUGCUUUCCCCCUGUCCUCCCCUGCUUUCCCCCUGUCCUCCCCUGCUUUCCCCCUGUCCUCCCCUGCUUUCCCCCUGUCCUCCCCUGCUUCCCCCCCACACAUCCAACCUUCACACCACAGGACACAGGCGAGGGGAUCCCCUACGCAGCCCAACGCACCAUCCUGAAGCCGUUCACGCAGGCAGACUCGAGCACGACACGCACAUGCUUAUUCUUCUUACUCUCCUCCCCUGUGCUCUCCUGCCUCUCGACCCUCUAUCCGUACCUCUCACUGUUGCCCACCCACCACCACAGGACACAGGCGAGGGGAUCCCCUACGCAGCCCAACGCACCAUCCUGAAGCCGUUCACGCAGGCAGACCCGAGCACGACACGCACAUGCUUAUUCUUCUUACUCUCCUCCCCUGACACAGGCGAGGGGAUCCCCUACGCAGCCCAACGCACCAUCCUGAAGCCGUUCACGCAAGCGGACGCCAGCACGACGCGCACGCACGGCGGCACGGGAAUCGGGCUGUCCAUCAGCCGCCACCUCGUCGACCUCAUGGGGGGGCGCCUCUCCUUCUCCUCACGCCCUGGCCUCGGCAGCACCUUCUAUUUUGACCUCCUCCUGCCCUGCGAGCAACCUCGGCCCGAGCCUGUGCCGAACCUCCUGCAACCGGACCUGGUUUCUGCUUCGGGAAAGUGUUCCCGAAGUGGAAAUGGGACUGUGGCUGGGGUGGCAGAUGCUGUUUCUCCUGCUGGUGCUGCUGAUGCGGCUGCUGCUGCUGCCACUGAUGUUGGUACCAUGGGUCCUCUGCGCGAUUCCUUCCUUUCUCCUUUCGGUUUGAAAGACAGGGAUGGAUUGGCAAGCCUGAGCGAGAUCAAGGAAGCUGUGGUUCGGGCCAGGCUCGGCGCAAUCCUAUUGGACGACCGGCCGGUGAGGCUCGGGGUGCUGGAGAGCCUGCUCAACAGGCUCGGCAUGCCGGUGCUCAACUCUACGUUUGGCACCAGCUCUGGUGAUGAGGUUCCUCUGUUGCAGCCGGUGGUGGUGUUUGUGGAUCAUGAAUGGCUUGAGCUGCAACAGCAGCAGGAGGAGGAGAGGGAUGAGCGGAAGGAGGAAACGGAGGAGAAGGAAGAGGAGGAGGAGGAUAAGGGAGAGGAGGAGGAUGGGGAGCAUACAGAGGAACACGUACCUGCUGCUGCUGCUGCUGCUGCUGCUGCUGCUGCUGCUGCUGCUGGUGCUGGGGAGCAUGGGUGUGCGGCUGAAGGAGCAGGUGGGGAGCAUGGGUGUGCGGCUGAAGGAGCAGGUGGGGAGCAUGGGUGUGCGGCUGAAGGAGCAGGUGGGGAGCAUGGGUGUGCGGCUGAAGGAGCAGGUGGGGAGCAUGGGUGUGCGGCUGAAGGAGCAGGUGGGGAGCAUGGGUGUGCGGUGACAGAGGGGGUGCGUGGGCUGCGUGCAACGAUCUCUAUGACCGAUUGGAUGCUCCACUCGCCCUCCCUUGACUCCCUCACUGCUGCUGCCGCUGCUGUCUCUGCUCCUUCUGCUGCCCCUGCCACUGCUGCCACUGCUGCUGCUGCUGCUGCUGCUGCUGCUGCCACUGCUGCUGCUGCUGCGAUUGCUGCUUCGGCUGCUUCUGAGGCUGAAGAUUCACAAACAUCAGCAUCAGCAGCAGCAGCAGCAGCAGGGACAAAGAUAGGGGCAACAGCAGGGUCAGGGGCAGCAGGCUUCAAGGCAGGAAGCAAUGCCGGAGCUAUGACCCCUUCUGAAGCAUCUCCUGCUUCCCUCUCAUCGCCAUCCUCCAACGCUCUGCCGCCCACCCACCACGUGCGGGCGGCAAGCUGGGGCGGCUUUUUGGACAUGGCGGGCGGCAGUCUAGUGAAGGGGUGGGAGAGCCCGCAGGGGAGUGUGAGUCUACGGAGGGAGGCAGGGGGAAAGCGAUUCAGUGUCGACAUUGUGAGGCGUGCCAUUAUGGACGAUAGGCCGAUCAGAAGCAACAGCGGGGGCCGGACAAGAAGCAAGGGGGCGGCACAGGCUAGCCGACAAAACCCCUGGAGUCAACCGAGUCAACACAGUCAACUGAGCCCGCGCAUUCCAUCACCAGUAGCGCCAGGAACAGCAGCAGUGACGGUGGCAGCUGGAGCAGGCACUCCCUCCGCCGUGGCGGUGCGCAGGGCGAGCAGCAGCGCUGCGCAGCAGCUGACGGAGGCUUUAAGCGGGCGGCGCGUGCUGGUGGUGGACGACAACAUGGUCAACCGCAAGGUGAUAAGCCGCAUGCUGCAGCGGUACGGGGUGCAAGUGGAGGAGGUGGAUGGGGGGGGCAAGGCAGUGAAGCGGGUGCAGGAGAUGCGCGACGGUGCUGCCUUGCCACUUGACUGCGUCUUCAUGGACAUUCAGAUGCCGGGAAUGGACGGCUACGAAGCAGUCUCCCACAUCCGCAGCAUGGAGCAGGAAACUCCCCCAACCACGGCAGCAUCUCCAUCCUCUUCAACCCCACCUGCAUCUCCAUCACCCCCCCAAUCAAAAGCACCAGUGAAAAGCUCUACAACCCCACCUGCAACCACAUCACCCUCCGCAUUAAAAGCACUCUUACCAAAAAGCCUAUCAGACACCAAAAUCCCACCAGACACCAGGAACCCGUCAGCGUCAGGCUCCCCUCGAAGCUCAUCAGCAGAGGCGGCAGCAGAAGCACCAGUGGCAGGUGCAGCGAGGGCAGAGAAGGGGCGGCUGCUGGUGAUAGCGCUGACUGCAGAUGUGGGUUCGGGCACACGGGAGCGGUGUGCCAAGGCUGGGAUGGAUGGAUACAUGACGAAACCCAUAGAGGAGCAGCAGCUGUCGCGUGUGGUGCUCCCAUUCUUUGCUGCGCUGGCGGGUAACUUUUGA